AAAAUUCGCAACAUUUUAAAAUUCCUGACACGAAGUUUGCCGCUUAAAAGUUUAAGUUUAGAAAAGAACUUUUAGAAGUUAAUAAAUAAAGUUUGGCAGCUGCAGAGACGAGGAAAAGCAGGGAUGUGCUCACUUUCACAAUUUCCAUCUGUGGUCUCGGUGAGUAGUUUGGCGACGGCCUGCGAGAAAAAUGGACACUUAAUAUCGUGCAAGAGUAGCACUAACCAGCAGUCUGAACUAAUUGGCUUCGGAGAUGUGAACUGCGCGACUGAGAAGUGUAAAUUUUUCAAGACGAGGGAGCUGACUGCCAGAUCGGCCUUCAUCAGGUCCGAACUCUCUAAGAAAAAUAAAUUACUACAAGCCUGGUCCAAAGAUGGAUUUUCUGGUUUAUUCAAUGAACUGAUACCCAAUCAUAAUCAGGACUCAAGUGAAGGAUCCCUCUUCUCUCAUUGGCUGACCAAACUUUUAUCCAUCUGCCAAUCAUAUACCUGGGCCAGCCCGCCGUCGGUCCCAGCUGAAGAAAUCAUCACUGCUUUUAGUCAAACUAGGAACUGGAAAUCCAGUUACAUAAGAUGCUUUGCCUGGCACCCACAUGCUCAAAAACUUGCCAUUGCACUUAAAGAUGAUGAAAUCCUAAUCAAACAUCAUGGCGGCGUUGGUUGUAGUAGUAGUAGUGGUGGUGGUAGUAGUGUUAGUGGUGGUUACAAAACGUCAUCAUCGACGUCAUUGAGCCAGAAUGAUGACGUCAGACCGCUGAAGCAUCCGAGGCAGAGAUGCAUUAGUUGCCUUUGUUGGAAGCCAUUCUCUUCAUCUGAUCUCGCCGUUGCCAGCUUCGAUUGCAUACUGAUCUGGCAUGUGACGUCAUCAUCGUCAUCAUCAUCAUCAUCAGCAGCCUCGUCUCAUUUUUCAUCAUCAUCAUCAUCAUCGACUGCGCUACCAUCAUCAUCAUCAUCAUUACUGCCGUCGUCGUCAUCGUCAUCAGUGCAAGUUCUCUCCAUUGAUAAAUCCGGAUUAGUCGGAUGGAUUGAGUGGAGUAGGGAUGGGAGUAGAUUGGUUGGCUGCUAUCCUGGGCUUGGGAACGUGAUGAUAUGGAACACAGAUCUGGAGCAAUACACCCCACUCCAAAACUUUAACCUCAUCGACGCCAUCAUCCACGUCGCUCUCGCCUUAACCACCACCACUACUGCCACCACCACCACCCCUAUCACUCUCACUACCCCUGAUUUCAAUACUAUUUCUAACACCUCCUUCAAUAAUGGUAGUAAACUCAACAGCAGUAAUAGAGGUGACUUCUUUAAUGGUAGUGGUGGUGGUAAUAGUUUUAAUAAUAAUAAUAAUAAUAAAUAUAAUUAUAAUUAUAAUAAUAAAUAUAAUUAUGAUAAUAAUAACGUUUUAACGUCAUUCUCCCCUGAUGGAUUGAAGCUGGCCGUGUCUUGUUCUGGCACGUGCUUGAGAGUUUGGGAUUGUACAAGCUGGAGAUGUCUCUCGUUGAAAUCGAAACUCGGAAGAUGUCAGUCGAUUUCUUGGAGUCCCGACAGUUCGACGGUCCUCUUUACCGUCCAAUCAGAGCCCACCGUUUAUUGUUUAACCUUGACCCAGUCAGCUGAUCUAAGUAAGCCCCUAUUGGCUGCAAAACCAGUUAGGGCGGUCCUCACUUUGGACCAAGGGGUGUUCAGACUGAUUAGAGAGAAUGAUGAUGGUGGGGGAAAUUGUGAGGAAGAUGAUGAUGGUUGUGCUGGUGUCAGCGAAGUUUGCAUCGGCGGCCUGGUUCAGCAGAUGGUCUGGGAUGAGCAUGGAGAACGACUUGCUGUCUCUUUCAAAAGUCAAUCAUCGUCUGCUUUCAUUGCGUUGUUCAGAACAAGAUGCAUGCCGACUUUUGAAGCCAAUCUGAUAGGAUUUAUAAGGGGAAAAGCCAACGAAACGAUUGCCUGCAUGUCAUUCAAACCUCAUUUUCAAUAUGGUUCGCUUUUAAGCCUGGCCUGGUCAACUGGAAGGAUAGCCCACGUCCCACUGUUCUACACGCCCGGAACGUCGUCAACGUUAAACGAUCGUCACAAAAAGUUUGGUGUUUUCGAUCAUGACGUCACUGCUAAUAUUACUGCAGCUAGCUUUAAUGAUACUACUGCUACUAAUUUUGAUACUAGUAUCUGUCGUAGUAGUGGUAGCGUCCUUAGGGACGCCGCCAAGAUGGGCUAUGACUAUGAUCUCUACGCUGCUCCAGAUAAGGAUUUUGGUUAUGAUUAUGGUGCUGCUGCUACUACUACUGCUGCUGCUGCUGGUGGUAGUGGUGGUAGCGAUGAUUUCGACGAAAAGAUCAUUUCAGGAUUUUUCUCUGGUAGUGAAAACAGAAGUGGAAAGGUCAAUUUGUAUUCUGUAAGAAAAUGAUGAUGAUAGUGAUAGUAAUAAUAAUAAUAAUGAUGAUGAUGAUAGUAAUGAUGAUGAUGGUGAACAUGAUAGUGAUAGUAUGAUAAUAAUUAUUAUUAUUGAUUUUAUGGAUUUUAUUAUUUCUAUCUUGUUUUUUCAACCACUUGGGACUCGUUGUUCUUUGUAUCUUAUCACUAUUAUCAUUAUUAAUAGUGUUAUUUGAUUAUUUUUGUGCUAUUUUUAUUUUAUAAAUCUGA